AUGGUGAACACAGGAGCAUAUCUUCCUCUCAGCGGCAAGGUCGCCCUAGUGACAGGCGGCGGCCGAGGCAUCGGGGCCGGCAUUGCCCUCGAACUGGCCCGUCGCGGUGCCUCCGUCGCCAUCAACUACGGACACAGCGCCAAGUCGGCUCAAGAGGUUGUCGAAGCCAUCCAGGCAAUCGGCAGCAAGGCGAUAGCUAUCAAGGCAGACCUGACCUGCGUCCCCAACAUCGAGUCGCUCAUCAAGCAGGUGGUCAGCCACUUCGGCCGGCUGGACAUCGUCGUGUCCAACUCCGGGGUAGAGAAGUUCAAGCCCCUGGAGGAGACGACGCUCGAGGACUUCCACGAGGUCUUUGAUCUAAACACUCGGGCGCAGAUGUUCGUCGCCCGCUACGCCUACGACCACAUCCAGCCGGGCGGCCGGGUGAUCCUCAUGUCCUCCAUUGCGGCGGGACUGGGGGUGCCGGGCCACGCGCUGUACGCCGGCAGCAAGGCCGCAAUCGAGGGGUUUACGCGGUGCUUGGCGGCCGAUUUUGGGCGCAAGGGGUGCACGGUCAAUGCGAUUGCGCCGGCGGGGGUCAAGAGCGACAUGUGGCGUGAGAACGCAUGGCGGUAUGCGCCCGGGUGCGACAAGGGCUCCUCGCUGGAAGAGAUCGAAACGGCGCUGGCGAGCGGGAGUCCGUUGAAGCGGUGCGGUGUGCCCGAGGACAUUGGCAAGGUGGUUUCAUUCCUGGCGAGUCCGGAUGCGGAAUGGGUGAACGGUGAGUUGUUUCUUCCUUCUGCCCCCGACGCAAGGGUCAGGGUGGGGAUUGGAAUGCUGAUCAUCUCGUGA